ACAGGGGGACGGCCCACGCGCGCGCGCACCAUGCGGUCCGACCGCUCGGCUGACGCGUGAACCGGGAGACCCGGUGACCAUGGAGGGCCACGGCGUCCGGUGCUGUGUUCUGCUGCUCUUGUGUGGCGUCGCUCUGGCGCUGGAAGUCACCGACACACAAUGGGAGGAGAAAUGCGAAGAGCUCUGCGUUAAGAACCAGGGCCUGGGCUCGAAUCUCGAGACUACGUGCGAUGGCGAGUGUAGGGCGUAUCAGUGCAAUAAAGGAUGCGCCGGCCAAGACCGAUCUUUGGAGUCGUCGUGUAAACACUUUUGUAUCGAUGACGACCCCGUGUCAGCGCAGGGCGGCCGCUGGUACUGCGUCAUCGGCUGUAACAUAGCCGUCAGCAGAUACGUGCAGGGGCUGAGAGACAAGCUGAAGCUGGAGGCGCCUACGUUAGUACCUGACUCGCUGACUCAUGACUCCGUCACCAUUCGGUGGAUGAGUCCCCACCUGCCCCAUGCGACCCUCCUCGUCCAAUACAAGUACUCCGAUCUUCCGGGAGAAUGGACCUUCUACCAGCCGGAUGUGAAACUGAACGCGAGCCAAGUUACUGUCACUGGUUUGAAGCCCUACACCAAGUAUCAGUUCCGCGUGCUUUGGGCCGUGGCCAUCGCCGCCCACCUGCACUCACACGUGCUAGGCGACCUGCGGCCCGACACCAACUACACGGUGCGCGUGUGGGCUAACAACAAGGUCGGCGAAGGGCCGGCCGCCGAGCUGCGCGUGCGGACGCCGCCGCAGGCCGCAGAAGUGUCGACCCGGCAGGGCCCCUUGCUGGUCAUCGCCACAGGUGACGUCAUCAUGCGGCUCAAGAUGGACAUCUACUCGCGGCCGCAGACACUGUACAGAGCGGAGGCCGGCCAGAACAUCACAGGCUCGGCCGUGGACGUGUCGACCGCCCGGCUGUACCUGGCCUCCUCGGCCGGACGGGUGUGGCGCCUGGCGCUGGACGGGUCGGAGGACGAGCCGCCGCCGCUGGACCGCUGGCAGCUGGACGGCGGCGUUGCUGUCGACACGGGCCUCAGCUUCGCCAGCCGGCCGGCCCACCUGGCCGUCGACCCGCAGAACGGGUACCUGUACUACUCGGUCGAGUCCCCGGCGGCGGAAGCGGGCCUCUUUCGGUGCAGCUUCAGCAACAUGACGGCCGUCGCGCGCGUGACGUCCGGCGCAGAAUUCAGCUUCAGCACGUUCGUGAUUGAUCACACCAACUUCAGCGUGCUGGUUCCGGGGCGCAGCAAGAACACCGUCUUCGCACUUUCCAUGAUCAGCUGGACGGCGAUGGACGUGCGCCGCCACACCGUGCGGCCGCAGUACGCGGGCAUGCUGGCGCUGGCCGAGCACGCCGAGACGCUCUGCUGGUCCACCGGGCAGCACGUGUUCCUCGAGUCGUACCGCGCCGAGCGCGGCACGUACUACAACAACCAGCUGCUGUUCUCGCAGACGCGGCGGCCCGUGGUGGUGUUCCACUCUGACCGAGCGCUCACCCGCUGGGCACCGCCCGACCUGCUGCGCCGGCCCACUGUCGCCGUGGUGUUCCACUCUGACCGAGCGCUCGCCCGCUGGGCACCGCCCGACCUGCCGGGCCUAGCCGGGCCGGACGCCUGGAAACAGUGGACCUACCAGCUGAGGGUCACCGCCGCCCUCGGCGACCAGCAGCUGACCGUGGACAACACCACCGACACCGAAGCCGCCGUCGACGAGCUGACCCCGGACACCGAGUACACGCUCCAGGUCCGGGCGCUCUCGGCUACUGGGAAGACGAGCAUUCACGUAUCUGAUCUGACGUGGUGCGAUGACGUCAUGUACCUGGCGACCAAUGACUCACGCGUCUAUACGCAUGACCUGAAGUCGGGUCAGCUGCAGCCGCUGGACGAAUCCAUCCAGGCCACCGCCUUGGCUGUUGACUGGAUCGGCAGAAAGCUUUACUGGUCGAACCCCGUGCAGCAGCUGAUCUACGGCGCUCCCCUGGAGGGUGGCGGAGUGGGCGCGGCAGCGGCGUCCCCACUGCCGUUCGUCACGGCGGCGCGCCAUCUGCGCGUGGACGCCCUCAGCGGUGUGCUCUACUGGUCCACCGGCCACUCCGUGGAGGCCAGCUACCUGAGCGGCGAGCGGCAGCGCCAUCUCUUCCGGACCGGCAUCUUCUCCGGCAAACAGGUGGUGGGUCUCACCCUCGACCUGACCGGUCGCCGACUGUUCUGGAUCGUCCGCGACUUCUCCGGCUCGUCCCUGAACAUGAUAGCUCUGCUGGACUCGUUGGAGGACGACGAGUCGGCCGCGGACGUCGCCACCGUGAUCCCGCUGAAGCACAAGCACAUAAAGGGUCCGCUACACUUCUUCAGCGGCCGUCUCCUGUGGGUGAUGGACGACGAGUCGGCCGUCAUCGCCGACCCAGACGCCGCCCACCUGGCCGUGGCCGUGCGCGCGCUGACGCGCUGGGGAGAGUCGCCGCUGACCCGGGUCACGCUGCGCACGCCUGAGGGUCCACCGAGCGCGCCGCUUCGGCUGCGUGCCUUCACGCGACGCGACCAGCCCAUCGUGGACGCCCAGAACUGGACGGCCGUGGUGCGCUGGGACGCGCCCGCCUCCCCCCGCGGCGUGCUCCGACAGUACCGGCUGGCGGUCCGGCAGCGGCGGCCGGACGGCGUCUCAGUCAGCUUCAGCAACGUCACCGUCAACGGCACCCGCACGGAGGCGGUGCUGGCCGGCCUCAGCUCCGACUCCACGUACCAGGCGCAGGUCGUCGCUCUCACGUCCGCCGGGGUCGGGGACCUCUCUGACCCGCUCACCUUCGAGCCACGUGACCGGGCCCUGCCCCGGCUGCUGGUGGCCGAUGCCGACCGGCUCCGCCUGCUCGACCUCGACUCGGGUCAGGUCACUGACCUGGUGACCCAGGAGCGGGUCGUCGACGUGGCGACGGAUGCGCGGCACCGCAGACUCUUUGUUCUGACGGCCGACAACGACAUCCUGAGUGUGGACCUGCAGACGCUGGAAAAACACAAGGUGGAGAGUCUGCGAGGCACAGGCAGCAGUCUGACCUACGACUGGAUCGGCCGCAAUCUCUACUGGGCCGAGUCGCAUUCCAUGCGGCAGUUCAGUGCCAUCUACCGGUUGAACCUGGACACAAGAGUUCCUGGCCGGGCCGCCGAGCGGGUGGUGGGGCACACUGGCCUCAUCCAACGGCUGCGAGUUGAUCCCUGGAGCAGCCGUUUGGUGUGGAACAUGGUGGGAACGGACGGCGCUGCCAUGCUGAUGAGCCGGUCCAGAGAUAACAACACCAUUGUGCCAUUCUUCAACGGUGACCAGCCUUCAGACAGGUGCAGCUGCCCGGCAGCCGGCCGCCUGGUGGCGCUGUCCGGCCGGCAGGCCGAGGCCGACCGGCUCCUCUGGCGGCUGGCCGACUCCGGGCGGCUGGUGACGUCUGACGCAGACGGCUGUCUCUGCCAGCCGCUGGCCUCCGUCCCCGACCAAGCUCACCACGUGGCUGUGUCAGACGACAGUGUGUUCUGGGCCACUAACGGCUCGGGGUCCGCGGCUGCCGGCGCCGCCUCUAUAUUCUCCAAGCGGCUGGAGUCGUCCUCGGAUGGCGAGCGAGUCUACUCGGGCGGCGAGGUCCGUGGCCUGUGGCCGCUGGCGGCCCCCGCCGCGCAGCAGUUCCCCGAGAGCCGCUGCCUGCUGCCUGGUCCGCCGGCCAACCGGCCGAGGGCCAUCGACACCAGAGCUUCGUCCGCCACCGUGCAGAUGUCUCGCCGAUCGCCGCCGCCCGGCUGCGGCGCGGUGUCGACGGCCGCGCCACGCUACACCCUUUACUACGGGCCCAACACUGGCGAGAAGCAAUGCAGAAAGCAUCUCCGCUACUGCCAAAACAUGACGGUGAGCGGCGACGAGGCGCGUCUGACCGGACUCAGGCCGCUGACGGCCUACGCGGUCCGGCUCGCCGUCAGCAACUACUACUCGGAGCUGCUGCACGCCCCGCCGCCGCCCACCGCCAACGUCACCGUGCUCACCACAGCGCCCGCGCCGACCGAGCCGCGCGAGGUCCGCGCCGAGCCGCUCUCGCCGGAGGGCAUCGAGGUCAGCUGGCUGCCGCCGCUGUCCUCCGGGGACCGGCUCAGCUACCGCGUCCACUGGAGGACCGAGGGUGUCAGCGGCAGUCUGCGCGCCUACGGCCCGGUGUCGGCCACCGGAGCCGGCGCUGGCGCCGCGCCCGCCGCCCGCCGACGCUACCUGCUACUGGUGCCCGACCUCACCGCCGAUACCAACUACCACAUCUGGGUGAGCGCCCACUCCUCGGAUGACAGCGCCGCAUCUAAUAGCAGCAUCGUCAGUGCUGCCACCUACCCGUACCCUGAGAACGUCACACUGGAGUACGCCAAUGUCAGCAGCAUUGUCGUCAUGUGGCAGCACGCGCUGGACGGCACCAUCAACAGCAGCUGGCUCGAGUACCGCCCAGCCCAGCAGCCAGGCGGCUGGCUCAACGGCACGCUCAGCUCUGCCGAGACGGUGUCCGGCCGGCGCGUGGGCCGGUAUCGCGCCGAGCCGCUGCAGGCGCGCACCGAACACCUGUUCCGCCUGCCGGCUGGCGUUACCGCCCGGCCAGCUGUUGGUCUGGCCGCGCGACGCGCCAUUCCGCUUUCAUACGACCGGGGCCGACCGGACGAGCCGGCGCCGCCCGAAGUACGCGAGCUCCAGGGCGCCGUGUACCAGGUGACGUGGCAGCCGCCGCGCGCUAACGGAGCCGCCAUCGACCUGUAUGCGCUGGAGGCCAGCCUGGCGGCGCGGCGAGCUCGCCGCGGCGCCGAGCCCCGCUGGCGGCUCGUCUACAACGGCUCCGACCCGUCGUGGAUUAUCAGCGACCUGGACCCGUCCCCCGACUACCGGUUCCGCACGCGCGCCCACAACGCAUACGGCUGGAGCGACUACAGCGCCGCCUCGCAGUCGUACCAGCUGGAGAGCAUGCCGUUCAGGGCGCAACCCUCGGACACGGGCGUCAUCGUGGGCGGCGUCGUCAGCGCCGUCUUUCUGGUCAUCGUGCUCAUCGUCGUCGCCCUCGCGCUGCGCUUCCGGCAGCGGCCUGAGGACAAGAAGGCGCCGCGCUCGCCGGACCAGCUGCCUCACGACGUGGAGCUAGCGCAGCUGCGCGAGAUUCCAGCCCACUUCGUGCGGCAGAACAACGCCCUGUACGCGCCGCCGUUCGCGGACGCUGAGGACGCGGGCGGUCUGCCGCGCGUGCGCCGCGAGCACAUCACGCUCACCAAGUUCCUGGGCAAGGGGGCGUUCGGCGAGGUGUACGAGGGCCUGGCGCAGCAGCUGCCGGGCCGCGAGGACGACGACCACGGCUGUCGAGUCGCCAUCAAGACGUUGGCAAAGGGAGCCAAGGACGAAGAGAAGAUCGAGUUCCUGAAGGAGGCCCAGCUUAUGUGCAAUUUCCGACACCAGCACAUCAUCUCGCUGCUGGGGGUGUGCCUGGACAACGACCCGUACUUCCUGCUGCUGGAGCUGAUGGAGGGCGGAGACCUGCUGAGCUACCUCCGAGCCAACCGUGGCACCGACUCCGACGGGGCGCCGUUCCUGUCGCUGAACGACUUGCUGCAGAUGUGUGUGGACGUGGCGCGCGGCUGUCAGUACCUCGAGCAGCUGCACUUCGUGCACCGCGACCUGGCGGCGCGCAACUGCCUCGUCACUUCGGGCGACCCGCAGCGCCGGCUGGUCAAGAUCGGCGACUUCGGGCUGGCGCGGGACAUCUACAAGAGCGACUACUACCGCAAGGAGGGCGAGGGACUGCUGCCAGUCAGGUGGAUGUCACCGGAGUCGCUGAUUGACGGCGUGUUCGCCAGUCAGUCGGACGUCUGGGCGUUCGGUGUUCUGCUAUGGGAGGUGAUGACCAAGGGCCAGCAGCCGUACCCGGCGCGCACCAACCUGGAGGUGCUGCAGUACGUCCGUGAGGGCGGCACGCUCAGCAGGCCCGACCCGUGCCCGCAGCAGAUGUUCGAGCUGAUGCAGCAGUGCUGGGAGUACGUCGCCGACGACCGGCCGACCUUCCAGCACUGCCUGCAGUGUCUGCAGCAGAUCCAGGUGGCGGCACUGAGCCGGGCGCCCGGUUUGGUUCAGAGCGGCAUGACCGUACACAACGCCCAGUACGCCCGCACACCCGGCGCUUUUGAUAAUAACGCCUACACCAUCGACGAAGAGGAAACCACCGAAGAAGGCGGCCGGUGGCGGCGCAGCUCCGACUCGUCGGCGGCGCAGGCGACGCUGCCGAGCCGCGCGCGACUCCGGCUGCCGCAGAAGCACAAGUACCUGCAGCUGCGCUACGACAGCGAGUCCGGCUACGAGGUGCCGAUCGGCUGUGGCGGCAGGCUCGAUGCCGAGCGCGACCCGCGCCACAGCGUGGCCAGCUUGCUGUCGCAGAUCAGCGGCGUCGCCAUCGACGUCGACCCAGGCAAGACGUCCUGGUGUUAG